AUGCCUCCACAACGACCCACCCUUGAGGACACAGCCAACAGUGUUGUCGACGUAUUCCGGCCCUAUCUGCAGAGCCUACAGGACGAGUACAACGACUUACGGCGGAGCUCAGAUGAAGCAACCAUACGAUGCAAAGCUCUUGAACAAAAGCACCAGCAACUCGUUUCGACGUUGAAGAUGGUGGGUAUCGCUUACGAAGACGACAAGUUUCGGUUUUCGGACCAGUGGAAGGUCAUUCCUGAGUUGAACAACCGCGAUCUGUCUCCACAAGAUAUCUUGGCUGCUCUUGAGAACUUUCAGAGUCGUAGUAUCCCUACGUCGACGUCUGACCGUGUUUCUGGCAUACGCGACGAAAAUCAUGAUGCCGCUACCCGAGCAAAUGUUCCCAGAUUUUCUCCACUCGAAACCUCGGUUCGCAAAGAUUCGCAGCUAGAGAACAGCAUAUCCAGUUCAGAGGAGCCUCAAACCAGUGCUGGGCAGCGCCUUCAACUUGGCUUACCCGGGCCACCAGCAACUCGCAAACGAAAGUCUUCCGAUGUACAGUUGGAGUCUGGUGAGCGAAACAAGCUCGCUCGCAGGUCUGAUGCCAGCGAAAAAAUGCGCAACAGUGACUCUCCGAUCGUCAACAAGAUGUUCAAGGCAUUUAUGGCAAAAUCGCGAGGGCCGCCCACGACUACGGCGGAAUACAAGUCAUUCUUCCUUGGCGGACUGGAUCUAGAUCUCAAGAAAGAGGACCGUGAACUUGCUGCAUGGGUGCGAGCAAGUAAAGGAUUUCUUGUUCCUCCGGAGACGAACAAUAAACGGGAGUGGCACUCUGCCUGGAUGGAAGCCAUGAGCGAUGUUUUCCCUGCCGAGACCAAACGCGAUAACGUCGUUUGUACCUUACCGAGCACUCAACCACCAUCAAACUUGGAUGAUUACUCGCAUCUACUUCAACUCGAAAAUGUCCUUGAAAAGCAUUCCGAGCUCCAAGGCACCCAACUUCUGUUCGACCACAUCUUGUCUGCCACCGCUGCAAUUGACUUCGCCUAUGAACAUUGCCUCCGUAGCGAAGAGCAAAAGAUCAAGUUCACCAAGCUUCGCUAUAUUCACCAAUUCAAAAACACGCAUUUCGAGGACAUUAGCGAUGACUACGACCAAUGUUGUUCACGAAUCAAAACAACCCACCAGAACCACUACAUGUUAUGGAGGGCCCGAGUUUACGGGAAAGAUAUCACAACACGCAAUCGAAUUCUCGACGCAUAUAAGGCUCUUGGCCCACAAAUCCUGCUCGAUCCUGCGUUUUCGACACCCAAAAUGCGACAGGUUUCUGCGAGUUAUCCUCAUUUUGUUGCUCAGACCCUCCAAAACCUGCCCUCCUGCGGUACGAGAUUUGUUUGA